UCCCAAUCGCUGCAGGCGCCGGGGUCGGACUGAGCGAGGCCCUCGCCCGCCCGCCGUGGGCAUGGAGCAGGAAUCCUUCAGCCCGAGCCCGGAGCUGAGCUCCGGCCCGGCCCCGGACCGCUGCUCGGCCUGCCAUGGGGACGAGGACUGGGGCCGGGGCCGCCCCAAGGCCCGCAGCCUGUCGGCCGGCACCAAGGAGUUCAGGAGGACCCGCUCUCUGCACGGACCCUGCCCGGUGACCACAUUCGGACCAAAGGCUUGUGUGCUGCAGAACCCCCAGACCAUCAUGCACAUCCAGGACCCCGCGAGCCAGCGGCUCACGUGGAGCAAGGCCCCGAAGAGCGUCCUGGUCAUCAAGAAGAUCCGGGACGCCAGCCUGGUGCAGCCCUUCAAGGAGCUGUGCGCGUUCCUCAUGGAGGAGGCCGACAUGGUCGUGUACGUGGAGAAGAAGGUGCUCGAGGACCCCGCCGUAGCGGGCGACGAGGACUUCGGGCCCGUCAGGAGGAAGUUCUGCACCUUCAGGGAAGACUACGACGACAUCUCUGACCAGAUCGACUUCAUCAUCUGCCUGGGCGGGGACGGCACCUUGCUCUACGCCUCCUCCCUCUUCCAGGGCAGCGUGCCGCCGGUCAUGGCCUUCCACCUGGGCUCCCUGGGCUUCCUCACGCCCUUCAGCUUUGAGAGCUUCCGGGCCCAGGUCGCGCAGGUGAUACAGGGGAACGCAGCCAUCGUCCUGCGGAGCCGCCUGCUGGUGCGGGUGGUGAAGGAGCCGCGUGGGAGGAGGGCGGCCGUCCCCAACGGCCUCCGUGAGCACGGGGCCCCCGCGGCCGGCCCGCACGCCGAGCUGGGGAGGCAGGUCAUGCAGUAUCAGGUCUUGAACGAGGUGGUGAUCGACAGGGGUCCCUCCUCCUACCUGUCCAACGUGGACGUCUACCUGGACGGGCACCUCAUAACCACCGUGCAGGGCGACGGCGUGAUCGUCUCCACCCCCACGGGCAGCACGGCCUACGCGGCCGCCGCCGGAGCCUCCAUGAUCCACCCCAACGUGCCGGCCAUCAUGAUCACGCCCAUCUGUCCUCACUCGCUGUCCUUCCGGCCCAUUGUGGUCCCGGCGGGCGUCGAGCUGAAGAUCUCACUGUCGCCGGAGGCCAGGAACACGGCCUGGGUGUCCUUUGACGGCCGGAAGCGGCAGGAGAUGCGCCACGGGGACAGCAUCAGCAUCACCACCUCCUGCUACCCGCUGCCGUCCGUCUGCGUGCGUGGGCCCGUCCGCGACUGGUUCGAGAGCCUGGCCCAGUGCCUGCACUGGAACGCGCGUCGCCGGCAGGCGCCCUUCCCGGCGCGGGCCGCGGCCGGCGGCGAGGAGGGCUAGCCGCCGGCUCACGUGGGCCUCGGAGUUCGGGUCGGCUCGGGCCCUCGCGCCUUCGGUCUAAAGACGCCUCGCAGCCAAAGCGCGCCUCGGGGCCCCGCCCCAGCUCCCGCCGCCAUUCCGCAUGCCCGAGGGGAUUUCUGGCUCUGUCCGACUCGGAGGUUCUCCUACACUCUGACUGCAGACCUCACGCUCGCUCGCGUUGCAGGCGGGGCGGGCGCCCCGCGGGCUGGGACCAGGAGGGCUGUCCUGGGCGGCGCUCGGCCGGCGGGGCGCUGUGGGGCGGCCCUGGGCCCGGGGAGCCGGCUCUGCCCGCCCGCGCUCCGACCGCCUGUGACUCCCGGCCACUCUGAGAAGACCCGGUGGUGCUGACCAGGCCCUGGGCAGCAUGAUGGUGGAAUGGUCUACACGACAGCUUUUUCAAGUAAAUUCUUACUGUUUCAUAUUGUUAAUAUCUUGAAAAUUUGUUAUCUGUUGAAAACUUAUCACUAUUUUCAGAUUCUUUCAAUAAACAGAAUUGUUUU